GGGAGAAGUGACCCCUGAGCAGUGCUAUCCCUGUGGCUGGUGAGGAUACAGGAGCUGCUGUUACAGCAUCAUGAGUGAGCGACAAGGAGCUGGAGCAACCAAUGGAAAAGACAAGACAUCUGGUGAAAAUGAUGGGCAGAAGAAGGUUCAAGAGGAAUUCGACAUCGACAUGGAUGCGCCAGAGACAGAACGCGCGGCGGUGGCCAUUCAGUCUCAGUUCAGAAAAUUCCAGAAGAAAAAGGCUGGGUCCCAGUCCUAGCGGGAGAGCCCCUUCCUAGUCUGCCAGAAGACACCAUCUUCAACUAUCAUCUGUCAAGAACAUAAAAGAACAACACCCUCGAGAGAAAUCAUCUUCACGUGGUACCCACCUGCACCGUAGUCCCACAAUGCAUGUACAGAGACCCGUGAUGUUUAUACCCUCGUAGGAAGCUGUAGACCCUGCAGUUGUGAGCGGCUUAAUCUCUGUUUAUCUGCAGUAUCAUUCCUCCUGCAACUAAUUAUUUUCCUUGAUGUUGUAAUAAAAUGGAGUUAAGAUGCGUGA